AUGCGUCAAUUGGUAUCAGAGCCUGGUUUCGAGUUUCGACAAAGCCACGAGCUAUGCUGCCGCGCCGAAGAAGAACACUGCCUGCUUUUCCAGGAAGUCACCACCGAUGCAGCUGGCCAUCAUAUCCGGGACACAGCGGAUCGGGUCGGCGAGCUCGACCUGCAGCUACGUGCGACUGGGGAGGAAUGCGAGCAGCUUCGAGCUGACGUCUCGAUCCUAAGAAACAGUCAACCUGCCCUCCAAACUGAAAUUCGACAGACACGUAAAGAGUUGCAGCAGAGUAUGGAGCAGAUGGCCGACUCGCUGAGAGUAGAGAUGCGAUGUGAAUCGAUGCGGGUCGGGGCGCGCUGCGACAAGACCAAGAGACUUUCAUAA